CUCUUCUGGCCUUGGGACUAGCUCCGGUGGUGGUGGUGGUGGCGGUGGCUCGUCUUUCGAUUUCCUCAAUCCUCAGGUCGCUGCAGGGCGCGGUGGACCGCUCUGCUGGGGAUGAUGGGGACAGGCAUGCGGAGCUGGACACGAGGCUGCGAUCUGUGGAAAACGUGUUGCUGGAGGUGCAGCGCAACCUGCAGGUGAUGAGGGACAAGCAGGAGCUCGCCGAGGCUCAGGCGGAACUCUCCAAGCUCAAGUUCCUCGCCCUGCCCGCCCCCCCCGCCACCGCUGCUGCUGCUGCUGCCACUGCGGCUCCCCAGCACCAGCAGCUGCUGCUCCGCCGCCUGCGGUGCCCCUGCCCCACGCCCCUUGCCCCUGUGCCUGCUCCUCCCCCUGCUCAGUACCAGAUUGCUGCUGCGCCAGCCCCACCACAGCUGCAGCAGCAGCAGCAGCCACAGCAGCAGCCGCAGCCUCAGCAACAGCCUCAGCAAAGCAUGGCUCCUCCUGCUCCAAUGUACCCCCAGCAACAGCAGCAGCAGCAGCAGCAGCAGCAGCAGCAGCCUUAUGCACCCCCCCACCGGCUCCUGCUGUGCCCCACCUCCCUACCCACAGCAGCAAGGUGGAUACGGCAUGCAGCCUCAGGGGCAGGCGCAGCAGCAGCAGCAACAGCAGUUGUCUCUGCCCCCGCCACCUCAACAGCAGCAGCAGCAGCAGCUGGCGCUGCCACCACCACCACCCAGCAACAGCAGCAGCAGCAGCCGCCGCCGCAGCAGCAGCCUGGUCCACAGAUGUAUCAGUCAGCACCCCCAAUGCCCCAGCAGGCCCCGCACCUUACAACCCCAGCAACCCGCCUCUUCCCCUUCUUCCUCCGCCCCCGCACCCCCCCAUACGGCUCCAUGCCCUCCUCACAAGGCAUGUAUGACCCUGCUGCAGCUGCUGCUGCUGCUGCUGCCGCUGCAGGUGGCAUGUACUAUCAACAGAACGCCCCUCCUCCCAUGUCCCAACCACCGAUGCACCCUCAGAUGCCCCCUCCCCCAGGAGCACCCAUGCAGCCACAGCCUCUGCAGCAGCCCCCCAGCAACCACCCCAGCAGCCCCGCUAGUGGUUACAGGCGUAUUCCUAUGGCUCAACCUGUGAGCGGCAGUGGCAGCGGCGGUGGGGGAGGGAGAGGCGGGAGCGGAGGGGAGGAGGAGGGGGGGAGGGGGUAGUGGGGGGGACACAGCAAGAGUGCCUUUGGAGAAGGUGGUUGAUGACGUGGCAGCUAUGGGAUUCCCUAGGGAUAAGGUGCGCAUGGUGGUGCAGCGGCUGAUGGAGAGGGGCAA